ACAUUAUUUCCUGUUUAAAGGAUAUCGUCAGUACAAGCCAAAGACAGUUUGAUGUAUUUUAUGUUAAGGUAUUUCCCUAGCACUCUGCGCGAAACUUGUUUCCUGACCAAUGACACAAUAGGAAGUUUUCCAGCAAUGUUUUGGGAAUAUUUCGACGCGGCUCAACGACUCGGAAAUUCAGCGGGCUAUACGAGCGAGUGAGAGACAUGGACAACUCUGUCACCUUGUGGCAGUUCCUUCUCCAGCUCCUAUUGGAUUCCAGUAAUGAGCAGCUAAUCUGCUGGACCAAUGAAGAAGGGGAAUUUAAACUGCUGCAGGCAGAGGAAGUAGCCCGACUGUGGGGAGCCCGCAAGAACAAGCCCAAUAUGAACUAUGACAAACUCAGCAGGGCUCUCAGAUACUACUACGACAAGAACAUCAUAAAGAAGGUGAAUGGUCAGAAGUUUGUCUAUCGCUUUGUGUCCUAUCCUGACAUCCUAAAAGGAGAUGUUGCUACCCGAACACAGGGCGGGGAUGUAGGUGCUGGGGGCAUCCCACACCUAUCAAAGAGGGUAGACAGCACCGCACAGGAGGGUGAGUCUGGUGACCGCAGUAGCACAGCAGCUCUGGGCUCCAGCUCCAAGCCAUCAAACCGCAACGACUACAUCCACUCUGGCCUGUACACCUCUUUUACUCUCAACUCACUGCAAAAUGGACGCCAGCUCUUUAAGUCCAUCAAAAUUGAGAACCCAGCAGAGAAGAUGGCUGACAAGAGAGGUCUCACUGCUGCACCCCAGAGCCAGGAGCAGUUGCAACAGCCACAGCAGCCAACUGCUUUGCCAUCUGUCAUCAAGUUUGGAAACACCCCUCCAAAGCCAGCACCACCAGCGUCUAUUGAAGUGGUCAUAGAGCCGGAACUGAUGUCCAACCCCUUGGAUUCUUUGCAUGCUCCAACCUUGAGGACGGAAGAUGUUCACUCCUCCCUGCCAUCCCAGUCCGUCUACCCAUUUGAAAACAUCCGCCCAUCUGAGCCAACGUUUGGCCUGCCAGACCUGAUCUCAGCCAGUCCGUCCCCAAGCCUAGUGCCUGACUCCUCCCAGGAACUGGUGAUUGACAGCGAUAUAGAGUCUGGAUCUUCUCAGCCCACAGAUGUUCAGGCACCAGAACUCACAGAUGCACAGGAGAAGGUGGACAGUGCUAUGGGUUUGUCUGGAGACGAGACCAGUCUGGUAGACGCUGAAACCAGUUCAUCCUCGCUUAGCAGCAGCACCACAGUCAGCACUCUGAGCUCAGGAAAGACACGCAAGCCACCGAAAAUUCUGCAGAUCAGCCCACCGGCUCUGCUGGUUACCACCUCUGACUUCUCCCCCAUGAACCUUUGCAGCCCAUCUCUACCUACUGCCUCUCUCACACCAGCAAUGCUACAGACUCCCACUCUGUUGCUGACUCCCAGUCCUCUGCUGUCCAACAUCCACUUCUGGAGCACACUCAGUCCGGUCGCCCCCCUCAGCCCGGCCACACGACGCCAGGGAGCCCACCUGUUCCAGUUUCCAUCGGUCCUCACCCCUCAGUUCCAGAUCCCUGUCCAUAGUAUGGAUGGGACCAACACACCCGGCCCCAUUUCCCCAGACCCUCAGAAGACAUAGGAUUAACCCCCACAGUAUCACCGCAUUUGGACCCAGAUACCCUCCCCCCUCCUGCGCCAUCUCUUGCUCCCACAUCUAGGACAGUGAUGCAGGAGCUCUAUCAUUGCUAUUCCUCAUCACUGCGGUGCUUUAAAGUUCACUGCCACAGAACUCACACUACAGUCAGACGUGUGGAGGGAGGGUCUGGACAGAUGCUGGCCGUCCAGGUUUGAUGGAUGACCGUAACACACUGAGUUUGUUUCAGAAUAUUUACACCCUGAGGAUGCUAUCUUGUACUCAUACACACUGAUGCCAUUGUUUCUAAUGCACUUCUGGAUUCAUUUGGUCUGGCUUCUUGGGAUUCUCAGUCACAACAGUUGCAAGGAGGGAGGAGUUUCCAUGGCAACAGUUGGUGCAUGUGGAUUGGACCCUCAGCAGCGACAAUCUUCUUCAUACUUGGAGACACAGACUAUUGGAAUUGCAGAUAACUGAAUCUUUACUUUUGUAGAAUUUCCUUCUUAUCUUGUGGGACAGUAAAACUGCCAAAAACACACGUUAUGUUCUCAGUUGCUAAUGUGUUUCCUCCUCUGCUGACUAUGCUUCUGUUCUUUGUUGUGCUCUGUCCUUAACUUUUACCCUUGUUGAAGGGUAGUGCUUUAACCUGAUAAUGUGCAUGUUUACCUGCAGCUCUUUUAUCUUGUUCCCAGCUCUCAGCCUCGCUUCACCUGCCUGAGUGUGUACCAUUACUGCUCUGAAAGGUUGGCUAACUAAAGCCAUAUCCAUCA